AAUGAUCCCGCCCGCUAUGCUCCGCCCGCAGGCUGGCCGCGCUCGCCCUGCUGGUGCUGCUGCCGGCGCUGGCCGCCGCCGCAUACCAGAAGUGCCCCCGGGACUGCGUGUGCGACCUGGACCGCCGCGGCCGGCGCUCCGUGCACUGCAACAAGGGCGGCGGCAAGGACCCCAUGCCCAUGCCCAGGAUACAGGAGAAGAUCGAGGUGCUGGAGGUGGCGCCGCCGCCGGACCAGCCCAACUACUACACCAUCGGGCCCAUCUUCCACGGCCACCGCCAGCUCGAGGAGAUCCACAUCGUGCACUCGCACAUCCCGUCCAUCGGCCAGAACUCGUUCUACGGCCUCAACAACCUCCUGAUCCUGAACCUGACGCACAACAACCUGUCUGCCGUGCUGGAGAACAACUUCGUGGGUCUGACUAGCGUGCGCGAGCUGUACCUCAGCCACAACCGCAUCGAGAGCAUGCCCAGCAGCGUGUUCCACCGCCUGGGCGACCUCAAGGUGCUGAGCCUCGCCAAGAACCGCAUCAAGGAGCUGUCCAAGAGGAUCUUCAUGAACCUCACCAAGCUCCACGACCUCGAUCUGAGCUACAACCCGCUGCCCGAGCUCAACUACGAGGUGUUCAGCGACGUCAGGGAGCUGCAGGUGCUAAAGUGUCGGGGCUGCGGCGUGGCCGCCGUCAACCGGAGCCUGUUCGAGCAACUGACGGAGCUGCAGGUGCUGGACCUGGCCGACAACAAGAUCUCCUCCAUCACGGCCGAUGAGCUGCGGCCGCUCCAAGCUCUGAGGGAGCUGUGGCUGGACGGCAACCGGCUGACCGUCGUGGCCUCGGGGAUGUUCAGGCACAACCCGCAACUGCAGAUCAUCGACCUCUCUAGGAACGAGAUAGUCAAGGUGGAGGACGAGGGCUUCCUGAACGUGCCGGCGCUGCGCCUGCUGGACCUGGGCUACAACCGCCUGGAGCGGCUGCACGCGUCCAUCGUGUCGCCGCUGGGCGAGUCGCUGCGCGCGCUCUCGGUGGCCGGCAACCUGGUGUCGACGGAGGAGCUGGCGCGGCUGGUGCGCGGCGUGCCGCACCUCACGCGGCUCAGCCUGGCCGACAUGCGGCUGCGCGCCGUGCCCGCCGGCCUGCUGUCGCCGCUCAAGGAGUUGCGCACGCUCAACGUGUCGGGCAACCUGCUCACGGCGCUGCACCCCUCCGCGCUGCACCCUCUCUUCAAGCUCGAGGUCGUGGACGCCUCCAGGAACCACCUCGUCGGCCUCGACGAGCAGAGCCUCCUCCGGCUGGACAACGUCGACCGGGUAAGUGUGUGUGUGUGGGGGGGGGGGGCACCGUACACGCAACUGCUCUGGCCAGGCGCCUGCUCGAUCCGGAGUAGGCAACCCCGCCCUACACUGGCGCCACUUUUUAGUGUUUCAACCAACCAAGUAACACGAUAUUGA